AAAGUUGGAGUGUAAGAAAAGUAGGGUAAAAUGUCUUGGCAUUUCUUGGAACGGUGGGUCGAGAAGGCCAACCAACAUUCUACAUUAGUAGGCAAGUUCUGGAUUACAUUUCUUAUCGUUUGUCGGAUGGUGAUCGUUGCUUCUGUUGGUGAUCGGGUGUACAACGAUGAACAAAGUGAAUUUAAAUGCAACACACUUCAACCUGGGUGUACGAAUGUAUGUUUCAACAGAUUCUCACCGAUAUCCCAUUUACGAUUUUGGAGUUUUCAAAUAUUGUUCGUGGCAACUCCUUCCGUAAUGUUCGUUGUUUAUUCUGCUCAUAAAUCCAAGCUGAAAAAAACGUCAAGUAAGAAAGCGAGAAUUUCAAACGAUGAGGACGAUGAUAAAAGUGAAAAGCACGUAUCUGGUCAAAAGAACGAAAAUAUUGACGCCUCAAUAAGCCAGCUCCAAUCUGGAAGCAAAAAGAUGAAACAAUUCGAGGUCGAUUUUCCUGUUAAACGACCUAGCAUUGAAAAGAAAGGGAAAGCACGAGGCAGCUCACGCAAUAAAAACAGAAACAGCAGCAGAUCUUAUCCGCGAGAUGGAGACAAAGAUCCUCAGGCAUUUCCUAGAAGUACAAUGAUUCGUCUUGGUAAACAAUUGAGCGAUAGUGAGAGAACAAAGAGCUGGGAGGAGGAAACAACGCAUCGUCACCAGAAGAGAUAUUCACGAAACUCUCGACGUGGUAUAAGCAGCAGCAAUACAAGUGGUGUUGGUACAUUUGAUUAUCGUUCAAAACGUGGGAACGAUACAAGAAAUCAGAACAACAACAAUAAUUCAAACGGAACACCAACAUUUGCUUGGCGACAACCGACACAGAACACACAGAAUCAACAAAACAAUGAACCUGGUCCACAAGUACCGACGGCACCAACGGUGGAUGAAGGGCGGCCUGCACAACCAACUAAACGAGGUUUGACUGACCUUAUUAUGUGGGUGCCUUCAAAUUGCGAUGAUGAAUAUCAUCAGAACGGUGCAAACAUCAACGCUGAAAAUGCUUUCACCGAUACAGAAGCACUUCACAAUAAUGGUCAACCAACGGCAGAGAAUAUAUCAGCAUACAAACAUUAUGUGAACGAAUACUCCGGUCAUAUUUUUCCUUCGGCACCCCCGCAAUAUCCAGGUAUCGCUUUUGAUUCAAACUCGAAACCAUGGAUCAGUGCAUCGCGUGUUUCAUUGGCAAUGGACACGAUUCCACUUAAGAAUGAAAAGUCAAAGAAAGUAAGCGAUUUUCGUGACGAAAAGUUUAAGCCAACCAAUCCUUUGGCAAUGAAGGCUCAUAUACCAGCAUUUGCGCAACACUUUCGUUGGUAUUUAGCCAAUGUGUUUGUUCGUCUUUGCAUCGAAGUUGGUUUCCUCGUUUUGCAAGUUCUUCUCUUCGGAUUUCACGUUCCUGAAUUGUACAAAUGUGAACGCCGGCCGUGUCCCAACACCGUCGAUUGCUUUAUAUCUCGACCAAUGGAGAAGACGAUCUUCUUAUGGUUCAUGUUUCUAUACAGCUGCAUAUGUGUAGCACUCAAUCUAGUAGAGUUUGUUUAUCUGGUAUACGCCUAUAUAAAGAAGCAAGCACAGAAACGGGUGUCGUCUUCUAAGAGUAAAAAAGAGGUUUCACUUCAUCCUAAUAAAGAUAGUGGACUCAGUCGGAAUGGAUACAACGGUUUACGAGGAGGGUGGAUGAAACACGACAUCGAUCCUGUUGAACUUGAUCUUGCUGAAUAUCAAUUUAGGCAAAUGAAUGACGACACUUCUUCUAUCGGAAGUAGGCCUCCAAAUAUCGGGUGGGGUGGGAGGUACACUGGACGCCAAGUUCCUCAACGUAAAGUUAUUGUCAGCGGUUCGAAUGCUUUCACUGGUUCUGCACGGGAUGCAAGCAGAGGUGACACUUCUACAAGAGAUAUGAUGGCGUUUGAGCUCGAUUCCGAUGACGAACGAGACAUGAUUGAAAUGGAGAUAGAAAGAAUAGAACAAGACGAAAUGGAUUUCCAACAAGAUAAUGAUGCAAAUCCUGAAGAUGGUUUGGAUGGGAACGACCAAGUAGAUGCAGGGGAUAAUUGCAUUUAACGCAACAACGUCAUCUAUGUUCAUUUAGUAUAUUCACGUGUGUUUCAAUGUAGACGUAGUACAGAUAUCUAGGCACGUAAAGUUAUUCAUUUGUAUGCAUAGAUCGCAACUAAAGCCUUCAGUAUAGAUGCUGCUAGUUUUUCGUAAUUACGAAAAGUUCUUUGCUUGACUUCAAUCAACCAAAGACUUGGUGUAAAUCUCCCUCGACUAUAAUAAGACCUUGCCCACUCGUAACUGUCGUUAAGAUUGGUUUAUUACACGAGGUCAAACCUCCACCUGCCAUAGGAAACUUGCACGAGCAUGAUACAUCGCAUCUUUUAUUGUCCCGUACACUAUUCACUGCAUAAGAUAUUGAUUGUUGCAAUUUAAGUUUCAAAAGAAGACUUAAUCAAAAUAUCGACUAGAUUUGACCUCCUGUAACACGUUGUUGCCAAAGGCUGUUAUGAUGGACGUAUGCAAGCGAACAAAUGACAACAAAUAAAACCGAUAAAGCACAACAAGUGUUUAAAUCAGUACUGAACAAAAAGUUGUAUUUAAAAUUUCGUACCCCAGCCAACAAUUAUGAAAAAUACAUGCGACGAUGUUUCUUUU